AACAAUAACCCAAAAGCAAAACAAAAAAAAACAAAAUAUAACUUCUUCUGUUUUGUCUACUUGAAUUAUUUAUAAAGGCACCAUAGAUCCAACAUUGUAACCCACUACUACUCAUCACAAGGAACAGAGAACAAAAGCCUCAUCAUUAAUUCCUCACACCAUCACCACCAAUGGGUUCUCACCUCUCGAAACAGCUCGAGCGUCGUAAAGCCAUCUCCACCGAGAAGAAAGCCCUCGCCGAUCUCCAGCAAUCCUGCGGCUGCGAGUUUCCCGGGUCCGAUUACACCCCCUCCGAUCGCAAAACCUGGAUGGCCGGGGUGGGACCCGAGAAGCUCCACGUCAACAAGAUCGUCUGGCCAGGGACUCACGACUCAGCCACAAACAAGAUCGGGAUCCGCUUCGUCUCUCGCCCCUUCGCGCAGUGCCAGUCUCUCUCCAUCUACAACCAGCUCGUCGCCGGCACUCGAGUCCUCGACAUUAGGGUUCAAGAAGACAGACGUGUGUGCCACGGAAUCCUCAAAACUUACAGCGUCGACGUCGUUUUGACCGACCUCAAACGGUUCCUCUCGGAGACGGAGUCUGAGAUCGUCAUCCUCGAGAUCAGAACGGAGUUCGGACACGAGGAUCCGCCGGAGUUCGACAAGUACCUCGUGGAGCAGCUCGGCGACCACCUGAUCCACCAGGACGAUGGCGUGUUCGGCAAGACUGUCGCCGAGCUGCUCCCGAAGAGAGUGAUCUGCGUCUGGAAGCCGAGGAAGUCGCCUCAGCCUAAGCGCGGGGAUCCGCUGUGGAGCGCGGGGUAUCUGAAAGACAACUGGAUCGAUACGGAUCUUCCUUCGACGAAGUUCGAGAGCAACUUGAAGCAUCUGAGCCAGCAGCAGCCCGCUGCUUCGAGGAAGUUUUUUUACAGGGUGGAGAACACUGUCACGCCGCAGGCUGAUAACCCGAUUCUGUGUGUUAAACCGGUGACUAACCGGAUUCAUUGUUACGCCAAGGUGUUUAUCAUCGAGUGUGUGAAGAGGGGAUGUGCUGAUAAGCUGCAGAUCUUCUCUACGGAUUUUAUUGAUAAAGACUUUGUUGAUGCUUGUGUUGGCCUCACUUCUGCGAGAGCUGAGGGGAAGGCUUGAGGUUUGUGUAUAUAUAUAUAUGAGUGGAAUUCACGUAGAGACAUUGUUUGUAUAUUUGUUUUAUAGAAGAAAAAAACAGAACACAUGGCUGUGUAGUUAGGGGUUCCUUGUGUAUUAAUCAAGUUUUUUAUUUGUUUUUGAUGAAAACAUGUAUGUGUGCAUUUGAUCUCAGGAGUCAGGAUGUGUAUUCCUCAUAUUCUUUAGUGAAUGCAAUUAUAUUACAUUUUGUAUA